AUGGGGCUCCGGGCGGAGACCAGGCACGGCCCCGGCAACCCCGCCGCCAGCCGGCAUCCCUGGCAGCCCAGGCAGAACCUGCCUCCCGCAGCUUCCCCCGGAAGCAGGACGCAGAGGCCUGAGUGUGAGGACGGCGCCCACGGCCUCCAGCCCCAGCAAGGCCCUGGGACGCUGGAUCGCAGCCCAGGGCUCUCCAGCCGAGCCGGCUCCCAGGGAGCGCUCGGUGGACCUUCGGAAACACUGGGCAGGCCUGCGUUUGGACCAAGGCCCCUGUCCCUGGGAGCCGACAUGUGGGGGCCUGAGCUCUGGCUGCCGCUGCUGCUCCUGGCGUCCCUUACAGGCCGGUGCCCGGCUGGCGAGCUGGAGACCGCGGACCUGGUGACCGUGGUGCUGGGCCAGGACGCGAGGCUGCCCUGCUUCUACCGGGGGGACCCCGGCGAGCAGGUGGCGCAGGUGGCCUGGGCUCGCCUGGACGCGGGCGCGGGCCCCCAGGAGCUGGCGCUGCUGCACGCCCAGUACGGGCUGCACGUGAGCCCGGCCUACGAGGGCCGCGUGGAGCAGCCGCCGCAGCCGCGGAGCCCCCUGGACGGCACGGUGCUGCUGCGGAACGCGGUGCAGGCGGACGAGGGCGAGUAUGAGUGCCGCGUCAGCACCUUCCCGGCCGGCAGUUUCCAGGCGCGGCUGCAGCUCCGCGUGCUGGUGCCUCCCCUGCCCUCACUGAACCCGGGCCCCGCGCUGGAAGAAGGCCAGGGCCUGACCCUGGCCGCCUCCUGCACAGCAGAGGGCAGCCCGAUCCCCACCGUGACCUGGGACACAGAGGUCAAGGGCACGCUGUACAACCGCUCCUUCGCACACGCCCGCUCAGCCGCCUUCACCUCCGAGUUCCACCUGGUGCCCAGCCGCAGCAUGAACGGGCAGCCGCUGACCUGCGUGGUGUCCCACCCGGGCCUGCCCCAGGACCAGCGGAUCACCCACAUCCUCCAAGUGGCCUUCCUUGCGGAGGCCUCUGUGAGGGGCCUGGAAGACAAGAAGAUGUGGCAGGUGGGCAGGGAGGGCGCGGCGCUCAAGUGCCUGAGCGAGGGGCAGCCCCCUCCCUCCUACAACUGGACACGGCUGGACGGGCCGCUGCCGAGCGGGGCGCGUGUGGACGGGGACACCCUGGGCUUUCCCCCGCUGGCCCCAGAGCACAGCGGCGUCUACGUCUGCCACGUCAGCAACAAGCUGUCCUCGAAGGACUCUCGGGUCACGGUGGAGGUCGUCGACCCAGACGAGCCCGAGGGCAAGCAGGUGGACGUGGUGUCGGCCUCGGUGGUGGCGGUGGGCGUGAUCGCGGCGCUGCUCCUGUGCCUUCUGGUGGUGGUGGUGCUGCUGAUGUCGUUGUACCACCGGCGCAAGGCCCAGCAGAUGACCCAGAAAUUUGAGGAGGAGCUGACCCUCACCAGGGAGAACUCCAUCCGGAGGAUGCAUUCCCACCACACGGACCCCCGGAACCAGCCGGACGAAAGUGUAGGGCUGAGAGCCGAGGGCCACCCCGAUAGUCUCAAGGACAACAGUAGCUGCUCUGUGAUGAGUGAAGAGCCGGAGGGCCGCAGCUACUCCACACUGACCACGGUGAGGGAGAUAGAGACGCAAACUGAGCUGCUGUCCCCGGGCUCCGAGCGGGCGGAGGAGGAGGAGGAUCGCGACGAAGGCAUCAAGCAGGCCAUGAACCACUUCGUGCAGGAGAACGGGACGCUGAGGGCCAAGCCCACGGGCAACGGCAUCUACAUCAACGGGCGGGGGCACCUGGUCUGA